AGCGCCAGUGCCUGCGCGCCGUCCGCCCCUUCGCGGAGCUUGGCGUCGUCUCUCUCGGCAAUAAGGUCCGCUGGCCUGAGACGCGUUGUCGCCGACGACCAUGAACCGCAGCCGCCAAGUGACCUGCUUGGCCUGGGUCCGCCGCGGCGUGGCCAAAGAGACGCCGGACAAGGUAGAGCUAAGUAAAGAGGAAGUAAAGCGUCUCAUUGCUGAAGCAAAAGAAAAAUUACAAGAAGAAGGUGGCAGUGAGGAAGAGGAGGCAGGUAGUCCUUCAGAAGAUGGCAUUCGGAGUGCUCGUACCCAGGCACGGCCUAUGGAGUCCCUGGAGGACGGGGACCCACAGGAUGACCGUACCCUAGAUGAUGAUGAACUGGCCGAGUACGACUUGGAUAAUUAUGAUGAGGAAGACGACCCAGAUGCUGAGACUCUUGGUGAAUCUCUGCUGGGUCUUACGGUCUAUGGCAGUAAUGAUCAAGAUCCAUAUGUUACCCUAAAAGAUACAGAACAAUACGAGCAUGAAGACUUCUUGAUUAAGCCCACUGACAACUUCAUCAUCUGUGGCCGUGCUGAACAGGAGCAGUGCAAUCUGGAGGUGCAUGUUUACAAUCAGGAAGAGGAGUCUUUCUAUGUGCACCACGACAUACUCCUGUCAGCAUACCCUCUGAGCGUAGAAUGGCUGAACUUUGAUCCUAGCCCAGAUGCUUCAACUGGAAAUUACAUUGCUGUGGGAAACAUGACCCCUGUCAUCGAGGUGUGGGACCUGGAUAUAGUGGACUCUCUAGAGCCGGUCUUCACCUUGGGAAGUAAGACUUCAAAAAAGAAGAAGAAGAAAGGGAAGAAGAGUUCCUCAGCAGAAGGGCACACUGAUGCUGUCCUUGACCUCUCCUGGAAUAAGUCAGUCAGAAAUGUGCUGGCAAGUGCAUCAGCAGAUAGCACUGUAAUUCUCUGGGAUAUGUCUGUGGGGAAGCCAGCAGCCAGGCUUACUGCACACACAGACAAGGUCCAGACUCUGCAGUUUCAUCCAUUUGAAGCACAAACUCUGAUUUCUGGGUCAUAUGAUAAGUCAGUGGCUCUGUAUGACUGCCGAAAUCCAAACCAGAACCAUCGUCUGUGGCGGUUCAGUGGGCAGAUCGAGAGAGUGACCUGGAACCACUUCUCACCAUGUCAUUUUUUGGCCAGUACAGACGACGGCUUUGUGUAUAAUCUGGAUGCACGUUCAGACAAGCCAAUUUUUACACUUAAUGCACACAACGAUGAAAUCUCUGGUCUUGAUCUGAGCAGUCAGAUUAAGGGCUGCCUUGUGACUGCUUCAGCAGACAAAUAUGUGAAGAUCUGGGACAUCCUAGGAGACAGGCCAAGUCUCGUUCAUUCUAGAGACAUGAAAAUGGGAGUUCUCUUUUGUUCUUCUUGUUGUCCUGAUUUGCCAUUUGUCUAUGCCUUUGGAGGUCAGAAGGAGGGGCUUCGCGUUUGGGACAUAAGCACUGUAUCUUCAGUGAACGAAACAUUUGGAAGACGGGAGAGACUGGUUAUUGGCAAUGCAAAAGGCUUAUCUGUUAGUGGCCCUUGUGGGAGCUCCCAGACACCAAUGGAGUCCUGACAAAGAUCACAGUCUCCUAGGAUGCCUACAAGAAGCUGGCCUAAAAAUGUUCCGUGUGUACCUACAGCCAUACAAUGAUGGAAGGAAAAUUCAGUUCCUGUUGCCAUUCCUCUGCAGCCUUGGCAGUCCACUGCUUAUGUGUCUGCCUUCAGCUGGGUAUUGUACAGUUCUUGCAUUUCUUGAAAAUAAAAGUUUUUAGAGAAUGAUUCCUUAAAUAUGCCACCUGACCUAGAACUGUAGGUUUAUACUAUAUGUAUAGUAACUGAAGAGUUCUGGAGACUGGGUCUUGCUGUAUCAGCCAGCACUGGGGAGAAGGGAGACAGGAAAAUUUCUAGCUCGUCUUCACCUUCUCAGGCUAGGAUUACCAAUAUGCAUGGUAGGUUCUAGAACUAGAUUCAGGCCCGUAUGUUUGCAAAGCAAGCAUUUUACUGACUGCAGUUUCCUUAGCCUGUUUUGUUUUUAAAAUGGGAUUCCUAAAGGUACUUUCACCUUUUGCAUAUUAAUCAUAUUUUUGACAGUGCUAUUGUUAAAAUGCUUUUGGUUACAAAGUUAACUUUUUUUCAGGACUGUUUUCUUUGUCCCAAUAUUUAAAACCUAUUUUAGGGGAGUUGAUAUGAAUUUUCUAUAAUCAGAAUAUUUAAUAGACAAACUGUCAGAGUGUGCUAAAUAAGUUUUGGUUCCAGUAAAUUCUCCCUCUAGUUACUUCAUAACCUAUGCCUUCCUUUUCAAAUGAAUUUGAAUUGCGUUCAUAAAGCGCUCUGGACUUAGAUUGUACACUGUUCCCUUUAUUUCACUUAGCCUCACAGGACAACUUUCUACUCUGACUAACUUCCAUUCUCCUUUCAAACUGAAUAGGAUGUUCUCUUAUUUUGAAGUAAUACAGUAGUACGUUCUAUUUGUCAUUAAAAUACACUCGCUUAUGCUUUAGUAUUUCUCAAGCCUCAUCAGAAUUUGCGUGUGGCAGAGAAUGGGGAAAUAGAACUAGAUCCUUUCU